GCUUUCUCUUCUUCCAAUUUUCUUCCCCCGAUACCUAGCAAAAGCUCCCUUUAGUCAAAAGCUCCCUCCUUUUCUUUAAUCAUCUUCAUCCCCUCAUUUCAACUCACUGCCAUUAAACUAACUUAAAAUACCCAAAAAUAUUCUAAAACUAUUCUGAAUUUCUGAUUAAAUAAUACUCGACAGUUUCAGCAUUCUUUAAAUUGUUAAUGAUAUCAAACUUUAUGUACUAAAACAUAAACAUCGAUUGAACUCGACCUUACUAAUAAUCUACACUUAUAUAUGGCUUGGUUAUCCAACUGUGAAGCAUAGAAACCUGAGUUUCCUGCAAAAUUCCUCCUACCCCCUCCAGUACCUAACUUCUCCCAUCACCAUUUCCAUAAACCAGCAGCAGAAUGACCUCAAGACAGCCAUUCAAAUCAAAUUCAACGCCCAAAACAAGCAUAAUUUUCUUUACAGUAACAAUUUCUUCUUCUCUGGUUAUUCUGUUUGCCAUUCUUUAUUUCAUUUACUAUUUGUGGUACUCUUUGGUUAAAAGGUCUCGCACCAGCCCAUAUGAUACCACUACACCCUUAAACAAGCUCCAGAGGUAUAGUUACAAAGAGCUAAAGGAUGCCACCCAGAACUUCAGUGAUUCCAAUUCCAUUGGCAAAGGAGGCUCUGGAACUGUAUUCAGAGGUAUUCUUAAGAAUGGAAAAUUGGUAGCCAUAAAAAUUCUUGAUUCAACUUCAUUUCAGUUUGAACAGGAGUUUCAGAAUGAGUUAAAUAUUCUGGGUGCGCUAAAAUCUUGUCCUCUUGUUGUUAAUUUAUUGGGUUAUUGUGUGGAUAGAGAUCAGAGACUUGUGGUUUAUGAGUACAUGCCUAAUAAAAGCUUGCAGGAGUCUUUAUUUUCAGAGUCGAAUAAUAACUGUAAUAAUAUGAGUUUGAAUUGGGCUAGAAGGUUCGAUAUUAUACUUAAUGUUGCUAAGGCAUUGUCAUUUUUGCAUCUUGAAUGUGAUCCACCAGUGAUCCAUGGGGAUGUGAAGCCAAGCAAUGUGUUACUUGAUUCAGAGUUUAGGGCUAAACUUUCGGAUUUUGGGUUGUCGAGGUUGAAGCUUGAGGGUGAGUUUGGUGUCGAUUUGUUCAGUCAAGACUUGUGGAAAAGCCAAGAAUUAUUGAAGAGUGAAGAGCUUUCUGGGAACUUGAAUGCAGUUGGAGAAGGUGGUGAGAAUGAGACUCCAGCAAUUGGGACUCCAGUGGAGAGUCAUGAUCAUGAUGAGGUAGAUUUUGCUCUGGCUUUGCAAGCUUCUUCUUCGUCAAAAAAUAGUUGUAGAAGUCAUCAUAAUGUGAAAAAUUUGGCUCUAAAUUCUUUAAAUUGGAGAAGUGAUUUUGGGAAUGAGAUUGAUAUUAAAGAUAGGAUUGUGAAGGGGAAGGAGGUCUCGACUAUCUCGACUAUCGAAAAUGGCAAGGGGGACGAUAACAAGUCUGUGAAUUAUAACGAUGAGCUAAGUAGCAUUAGCCCAAGUAAGGAGUCGAACUUGAAUGCUGCUAUGGUUACGGAUGAUAAUGAUAGUAACAAUGUGGGUGCAAAACAAUGGGGAAAGGAUUGGUGGUGGAAACAGGAUGGUAAUGGUGAAUUGCGCAGUAGAGAUUAUGUCAAGGAGUGGAUAGGAAGCCAAAUCUACCAUUCAACUAAUUCUAAUUGGGACGAAGAAAAUCAAUGCCCCCCAUUGAGAAUUUCAACGCGGCUGGAGAAAUUUGAAAAAGCUAAUGAUAAUCACUUACAAGAACUGGGAUUUGAGUGUCAUGAGGGUGCAAUUGAGAAGGAAGAAUCAAAGAGGCAUCAGAAGAUUCAAGAAUGGUGGAAAGAAGAACACCUCGACGAACUUAGCAAGAAGAAGAAUAAUAAGGUGAAAAAGUUUCAAAUAAGGAGUACGAAACUGUUCAAAGUACGCUUACGCUUCAAAAGGAAGAGAAAAUCGAGUCACAAGAGCCACAAUGUGAAUGAUCCAGGUACGGAGUUCAGUUUUAGGAAGGGUUGGAAGAAGAAGGAUUCCAAAUCUGUAGGGAGUGAUAAGUGGAGUGGAGAUCUUUUCAGUCGAGAGUUGAGUAGCACAACGAGCAUGAGGGGUACUUUGUGCUAUGCUGCACCGGAAUACAGUGGGUGUGGAUACUUAAUGGAGAAGGCCGAUAUUUACAGCUUUGGCGUUUUAAUACUCGUAAUUGUCUCAGGUAGACGGCCACUUCACGUACUUUCAUCACCGAUGAAGCUCGAGAAAGCAAACUUGAUAAGCUGGUGUAGGCACUUGGCUCAUACUGGAAACAUAUUAGAACUCGUGGAUGAGAGACUUAAUGAUGAGUAUGACAAGGACGAGGCUAGCUUGUGUAUUAAUUUGGCCCUUGCUUGCCUACAAAAAAUGCCUGAACUGCGGCCUGACAUUGGAGAGAUUGUUAAGAUUUUGAAACGGGAAAUGGAAAUCCCAACGCUUCCCUUCGAGUUUUCUCCGUCUCCUCCUCCAAAAUUUCCCAGCAGGUCAAGGAGAAAUAAUAGAACAAUGUAGAUCAGCUUCUCUUUGUUCUUCAUAUCCACUGUAUGCAGGACGUACACUUUGGUUAUUAUUGUUAUUAUUAUUAUUAUUAUUAUUAUUAUUAUUUUCUUUGAUGUA